AUGCUAUUUAAGUAUGAUUUCAGAGUAGGUGAUCACCUUGUUAAGAGCCGUUACAUUAGGCAGGCUUAUGAAAAGGACCGCACGCACGAGAUACGUUCGAUUCCGAGGUUGAACGACAGACAUUUUAACCUAACCUUCGCAUCAAAGGUGUCUGUAAAAUUAGCCGCACAAGUUUUCAGCAACCAUUGUGCUGCUGCAAUGUACACCCUGGUCACUUUUCAGGAGCUUCCCGCUGAGGCAAUUCAUACUGCACGAUUUGUAGAAAGGAUAGAUCGCUUGUUUGACUGCCUUAACAGUUCACGCAAGGUUGCAAAUACACCUUAUGCAUCUUCGAUGUGCAAAGGCUCUGUUCACAGAGAGUUUCUGGAGGAUUGUAUUGCAGUCUUUGAAAGCCUGCAAGUAAUUGGCUGUCCAAGGCAGCCGCCUUGCAUACGCGGGUUCUGUUUUAGCAUGCGGUCUCUUUUAAUGCUCUUUGAUUAUCUCACAAUUAAUUAUGGAUUCUCUUAUCUUCUGGCCAGACGAUUAAAUCAGGACGCACUUGAAAACAGCUUUUCCAUUAUCAGGUCCAAAUCAGGCGCGAACACUAACACUACAGCUCGUCAGUUUCAGGCCGCUUCCAGGCAUCUUUUGAUAAAUAACCUGUUCAAGCUGUCUGACAACUCUAACUGUGCCGAGGACAUGACAACGCUGUUGGCAACUCUUCCUGCUGGCGUUUCGGCACCGUCUCCCGCUCUUGGUAUCGGAAGCACAGUCCCGCUUAGUAUUACAUAUGAUUCUUCCUCAGAUGAACUUUCGGACGUAGAGCAAAGUAACCUCGUUUAUUUUUCUGGUUGGUUAGCGGUGAAAUUUUUGAGGUUCCAUGCCUGCGUCGGAACAUCACAGAAAUGUCUUCUGAGGGUAGAAGAUGCGUCCUUUACUAAGGGCAACGAAGUUCUGCUUUAUUUAAGCGUAAAAGGUACUGCGCAAUCUGACUUUGGAUGCCUCUCAGUUCCUUCGCCUCCAUUCGUAUCUUUUGUUGAAAGCUGCGAAAAUGUUUUUCAGGAAGGCAUCGGUAGCCUUUUCUCCAUGGAGAGAGUAGGACAUACGUUGUGUACGCAUCUUCAUGAGAAGGUAGAAAAGACACUCACCGUUUGUGAAGAGGAUGUGUAUAACGCCUUGUUCUCUCUCUUUACCCGAGUCAGGUUGCAUUGGUUUGCACGAAAAAGAAAUGUUGAAUUUCAAUGUGCACAAGUGAAGCGUCAAGCUAAGCAACAAGUCCAAAGGCUAAGCAGAUGA